ACCCGCGCGAGCCGAGUCGCUGUUGCGAAGGGAACCGGUCUGGCGCAGGACUCGGGGCUGUUUCAGCCCAGCUGGUUCCGGCCGGGAAAAAUGGCGGUGGCUGGGGCGGCGCUGCGGGAGCAGUUGGUGGACUGGUGUACCGAGCAGUUGCGGAAAACUUUCGGCCUGGAUGUCAGUGAGGAGAUCAUGCAGUAUGUUUUGUCAAUUGAGAGUCCUGAAGAGAUACGAGAAUAUGUUACUGACCUCCUUCAGGGAAAUGAAGGCAAAAAAGGUCAAUUCAUAGAAGAGCUUAUAAACAAAUGGCAAAAGAAUGAUCAGGAGUUGAUUUCUGAUGCACUGCAGCCUUCCUUCAAAAAAGAUGAAAUUUUAGACGGGCAGAGAUCAGGAGACCAGUUAAAGAGAAGUAGGCGGAAAGGGAGAAACAGACAGGAAGUUCCUGCAUUUGCUGAACCUGACACAACCCUAGAGGUCAAAACACCUUUUGAUUUGGCCAAGGCACAAGAAAACAACACUUUAAAGAAGAAGACAAAGUUUGUCAGUUUAUAUACAAAAGAGGGACAAGACAAGCUUGCAGUCCUGAUCCCAGGUCGCCACCCUUGUGAUUGCCUGGGCCAGAAGCACAAGCUGAUCAAUAACUGUCUGAUCUGCGGGCGUAUAGUCUGUGAACAAGAAGGUUCUGGUCCUUGCUUAUUCUGUGGAACUCUGGUAUGUACUCGUGAAGAAAAGGAUAUUUUACAACGUGACUCAAACAAGAGCCAGAAAUUGCUCAAGAAGUUAAUGUCAGGGUCGGAGAAUUCUGGAAAAGUGGACAUCUCUACCAAGGACCUUCUUCCUCAUCAAGAGUUGCAAUUUAAGUCUGGUCUGGAAAAGGCUAUCAAGCAUAAAGACAAACUGUUAGAGUUUGAUAGAACUAGUAUUCGAAGGACCCAAGUAAUUGAUGAUGAGUCAGAUUACUUUGCCAGUGAUUCUAACCAGUGGUUAUCCAAAAUUGAGCGGGAAACUUUGCAGAAGCGAGAGGAGGAGCUGAGAGAAUUUCGACAUGCCUCUCGGCUUUCUAAGAAGAUCACCAUUGACUUUGCAGGCAGAAAGAUCGUGGAAGAUGAAAAUCCACUAGCCGAAUAUCAUAGCAAACUAGAUGAGACAAUACAGGCUAUUGCCAGUGGAACCUUGAACCAGUCACUGAACAAAUUGGAUAAAUCUUCUGAAGAGCCUUUGGGAAUUCUGGUGAAUCCGAACCUGUACCAGUCCCCUCCCCAGUGGAUAGAGCAGACAGCUGCAGCCACACAGAAGAAGGCUUUCCAUUCAGCAGGAUCAGGAUCAUAUCGGCACCAGUUGCGAAUCCAGGAUGAAGAAUUUCAGGAAGGCUUUGAUGGUGGCUGGUGCCUCUCUAUGCAUCAGCCCUGGGCUUCUUUGCUUGUCAGAGGGAUUAAAAGGGUGGAGGGCAGAAGUUGGUACACCCCUCACAGAGGACGACUUUGGAUAGCAGCCACAGCCAAAAGACCCUCCCCUCAAGAAGUCUCAGAACUCCAGACUACAUAUCGUUUUCUUCGUGGGAAAGAUGUGGAAUUUCCCAGUGACUAUCCAUCAGGUUGUCUUCUGGGCUGUGUGGACCUAAUUGACUGCUUGUCCCAGAAUCAAUUUAAGGAUCAGUAUCCAGACAUGAGUCAAGAAUCUGAUUCUCCAUUUGUUUUCAUCUGCACAAAUCCCCAGGAAAUGAUUGUGAAGUUUCCUAUUAAAGGAAAUCCAAAAAUCUGGAAACUGGAUUCCAAGAUCCAUCAAGGCGCAAAGAAGGGGUUAAUGAAGCAGAAUAAAGCUGUCUGACCCAGGAGAAAAGGAACUAUACAGCAUAAUGGAGUUUUGUGUACUAAAAUUGUUAUCCGUUGGUCCUUUGGAACUGAAGCAGUAAAAAUCUCAAGGCUUGGAAUCAAGCUUGACACUCUCAGAAUUUAAACUCUUAACAAACUUGUAUAUUUUUCUUAAGGAGUGGGAUUCUUUAUGUAGUGGGUCAAAAUCUUUGAAUACAUUAUUUAUAAAAACCUAUUUUAAAAA